AUGGGAUCACUUGAUCACAAAUAUGUACUAACAUUCCAGUCGCGUCUCUUCAAGAACCGCGAGAUGCGUAUUUUGAUGUUGGGGCUCGACAAUGCUGGUAAAACCACUGUGUUGUACAAACUCAAGCUCGGGAAGACUUCCAAAACGGUGCCUACGGUCGGUUUCAACGUCGAAACCGUGAAAUACAAAAACGUGUCCUUUGCGGUCUGGGACUGUGGUGGACAGGAACGUAUUCGUCCUUUGUGGAGACACUAUUUCACCGGAACGAACGCGUUGAUCUACGUGGUAGAUUCGUCAGACUGGGACCGUUUGGACGAGUCCAAGACAGAGUUAAUGCGCGUGAUCUCGGACAAAGAGUUGGCUGGCUGUAUGGUUAUCGUGUUGGCCAACAAACAAGACAUUGAUGGUGCCAUCAAGCCCAAGGAAUUAAUUGAACGCUUUAAUAUGAACUCCCUCAGUCUGGGUCACACUUGGUCUGUUGUUCCCACGAUCGCCGUGGAUGGAACUGGUCUUCAAGAGACUUUGAACUGGAUCUCCAACCACUCCAAGUAA